UGACGGACAUUUUUGCAUUUUAGCUAACCCCAACUAUUUUCCAAACCUUAAUCUAAUGAUCCUAAUCUGCUACUUUAAUCUUUAUAACCUGCUGCGUAAAUUCCCCUAAACUCUGCUACGAAAAGUCAAUUUUGACAAAACCUGUAUCCCUUCUAGGCAUAACCGCUUUUCCCCGACCCUCACCGAUAAUUCUGAAAAGCAUCCAUGUAGCUAACGUUAACUAGCUACAGACAGGUCACGAGUAUGAUCAUCAUCUGCUGAAAAUUGGAUCCAAUGGAUCAAUAUGGGAGAUGUGAAAGAAUUGGAUCACUCAUUGCAUUGGAGUGAGGUUAAAGAGGAGGCUGAAGAAUGUCAGAUUUCAGCUAUGCCAUUAGGAGUUGAAACGUCCCAGGUUUUAAAAAAAGAAGACACUGAUGGACAAGAUCCCUCCUUUGACACAGUUUCAGACAUCCAUGGAGUCACAGAGCAAGAGCGUGGACAUAAAGGCAAGGUGCUGCCUUCACCAGUCCCAGUCAAAGAGGAGGAAACAUGCUCCCUUCUGCCAGUAAAUGAAGAGGAAGUUGCCUUAAUUACAGUGAAGGAAGAAGAGAAUGAAGACUGGUUGAAGUCAGAAGAUGAGGAUGUUGUGAAGGUGUCAGUGCCUUGGGAACCAUUGGAAACAUCGCCAUCAUCAUCAUCAUCAUGCUCAGAUACAGAUGAUACAGAGGACAGUGAGAUGGAAAGUGAUAAUGUGCGGGACUGUGAAAACCAUGAGCAUGACGUUUCAGUAGGAUUGAAGAUUGAAGAUUGCAGCAGGACAUCAUUGGAUCCAGGGACGACACCAGGUGACUCUAAAGGGGUGUCCUCCUUCUAUCCAUGCCCCCAAUGUGCGCUCGGCUUCACCAUAGAACGCUUUUUCCACGGGCACCUCAAGAGGGACCACCCCAAAGACUACAUUGCAAUGUUGAAGUCUGGGGAAAUCAUAGCAAAAAAAGAAAACAGUGUACAGCUGACCCCAGCCACCUGCCCACAAUGUGGCAAAAGCUUCUACAAUAAAUAUGUUAUGCAAACGCAUCAGAGGACUCACACAGGGGAGAAACCCUAUCACUGUGUAGACUGUGGGAAGAGCUACGUCUGCGCUGAAUCACUUAAAACACACAGAAGGACUCACACUGGGGAGAGACCAUAUAAAUGCUUUGAGUGUGGGAAAGGAUUUGGAGAACGAUCCCAACGGAUUAGACAUGAAAUGAUCCACACAGGAAGACCAUAUAAAUGCUCUCAGUGUGACAAAUGUUUUUGCUUUUCCAGAGACUUUAAGAGACAUCAGUUGACACAUAAGAAGACCCACACUGGACAUAGACCCUAUAAUGUCCACAGGUGCAAGAAGUCCUCUGGCCAGCUGGAAGCUCUCAAAGCACACCAGAAAACACACAAAGGAGAAAAGCCUUAUCAGUGCUCUGUGUGACAAAUGUUUAGGCUUUUCCAGAGACCAUACCGUACAUCAGUUGACACAUACAGGGGAGAAAUCGUUCAGUUGCCUCCAAUGUGAGAAAUAUUUGGUAAGAGGAAAUGGGAAUUGACGUACCAUCAAAGGACACGCAGCAGAGUGAGCUGUAAUGUGGAUUUUCAAGGUGAAUAAAAGAAGAGCAGUCGCAGAUAAAGUCAAUCUAAAUAAAUCUGGUUUAAUACAAAUUGCAACAGGAAGAAGUUGCCCGUUAAGACAGAGAAAAUGUCUAACGGGCCUUCUCUGAGGAGGCACUUAUAUAUUAAUCACAUUAACCUAAUGUCCUGUAAAUACCAGAGAGGCUUGAAGGAAGUCACAAUAUCAGCUGCUACAGAAUCACAUAGUGUCACAGAUACAUUAUCAGUGUGCCCUCGACUCAGUCUGGCGUCAAACUUGAACCAUAACGUUCAACACUGGCAGACAUUUGAUAUUGGCAGUUAAACAGGUCAAAGGUAUGAACAUCAGUACUUAGUUCCAACAGAUAAUUGUAGACUAAUAAGGGAAACGUCUUCCCACACAUACAAUCAUGCUUAUUACAUACCAAUCCAUAUAAACAGUAAAUAAACUACUGGAAAAUAAUUGAUCAAUUAAUUUCCCCUUUACAGUCCCCCCUUUGGUCAAGCAGACAUAACCGUACAUGUUGCGCCCUAUGACCACAGAUGCCUUCAUGCAUAUAGAUUACUACAAAUUUCACAGUGUGUAGACCCCCACAAUCAACCUGCCAUUUAAACAAAAACAUUGUUGCCAAUCCCAAAUCAAUUACAGGCAGGCUUCUACCAAUAGUUUACCGUUCAGACUCACAACAGCACAAAUAAAAUGUAUGACUAUUAGAGAUGACCUUGAUGAUGUCCCGAUAUCAAUGUCCAGGAGAUUGUAUUUCCCCAACCAGAUAAGCUUUCACCACAAUCACCUGUUGUACAUUCUGCCUCGUCAGAUUCUCCCACACACCAGCAGCAUGAUUGAAGUUUAGAUAAGAUCUCCCCAUGCCUGCUCCAAAAUGCUUAGUCUCAGGACACAUGCAGCACCCCUGCGAGACAGGCAGUCGAUGGCUCAGAAUACCCAGGUUACUUCGCUCAGGCUAGUAGUUGAGGGACAGGGCAGUUGUGGAUGCCAUUCUUGAGCUGGUUAUGGGGUGGGGUCUCGCACUGAUCUGGUCAAAUUCAUCUGAUGCAUAUAGGUACCAUCUGGGGACUGUAUGGCCGUCACCUCGAGAAAAUGAUCAGAGGAAUUAGACCAUUACAAAUACAUAUUACCAUUCUGGAUACAACAAUCUUUAACAAGAAACACAUGAUAAGUCAUCAAGAUGUGUCUCCCGUUCUUGAUUAAACAGGCAUAGCUUUACAUUAGUUAGUUACUGUCAGAUCCCCCACACUACCCCCAGAAUCCGGCAUUAAAUGUAUACCACUUAUCAUCUGACCACACCGCCCCAAUGGUUAUCAGUUGACUCUGUAGUGACCCCCUCCAAAUAUCCGGGACCCUCCUAGUGAUUAGGUCCAAUAUUACUGAUGCCAAUUCGUUUAUAACGAACUGUCCUGUACGGUAACACCUCUCCUCAUGCCUCAUCUAUAAAGCACUUCUAACACUGUGACUCAAGUUGUGUGACUGACUAGGUAUCCGCUUUCAAUUUCAUUCAGCAUAACCUAUGGGUUAUUUCUCCACAGGCCCUACUGAAUUCCCAAGGACAUCACCAUAACUCUGUUUACAUUAUGCUCUGAGGGGUGGAGGUGUACCAACCCUAAUCAAAUCAUGUCUGCUGUAUCUUAUCUCUAUGUUUGAUAUGAUUGAUUUCCUUUUUUUCCCUGGUUUCGUACCAGGUUAAACCCCCUUUUCAUUAGAUAUGUAGAUAUGGUCUUGUGUGGCUCAGUUUGUAGAGCAUGGCGCUUGCAAAGCCAGGGUUGUGGGUUCGAUUCACACAGGGGACCGGUACGAAAAAAAAUAUGAAAAUGUAUGCACUCACUACUGUAAGCCACUCUGGAUAAGCACAUCUGCUAGAUGACUAAAAUGUGAAUGUAAAUGGAUCUCCUUCAGGAUAAACACCAUAUAUUACAUUUUAAGUACACAGCACUGAGCUGUCAUCUGUAUAUUUUUAUUUUACUUUUAUUUUACCAGGCAGGUCAAUUAAGAACAAAUUCUUAUUUAUAAUGACAGCCUUUUUACCAAACAAAAAGUCAUAUUAGUUAUAAUUUCUAUAUAAUUUGUCCACCUAAAAGUAAAACAUUCCGUACCCCAGGAUUAUCCAAUAAGUGUCUCAAAUUACACAUACUCCUAUUUUUAUAUACUCUAUAACCCGGAGCCCCAAGUGUGGCUCCCAACAGGUAACAAAAAAAAAAAAACUUUUGUUCACAGGGAGGACACAGCCGACUUAACUUUAUCAUUAUUGGAAGGCAUAGUUUGUAUUUUAGUCUUACUCUAAAGUUUUACUGUAGAUAUUUAUUACCAAUCUCUGUUGGAUAUUCUUUAUUUACUAUAUUAUAAAUGUCUGUUAUUUUGAGAUGAAUAUGUAAUGGGCCCAAAUUAUAAAAUACAUCAGCCAUGUACCAAUGUUCACCAAAUAAAAAACUUAGUAACUGUCA